AUGGCUAAGGACAACGCUCAGCAGGACCUUCCCGCAUGGUUCGAGGAAACACGCAAGAAGGGUGUCAGUGUGGCAGGAAACACGCUCUUUACCAUCUUGAAAUUGGCAGACCUACCUCUACAGUACUAUCUACUAUCAUCCGGCCUAGGGCUGAAAGUCGUGCACAAGCUGGGCGGUGCAACCAUCUCGGGUGCAAUCACUUCGCCAACCACGGCCAUUGGCCUCUCACCAUACCACUCCCUUGUGUUUGGCCUCGCUGUCGGCAGUGCUGCUAAGCAAAUCUAUUGGUGCCUGGGUGUGGCAGACAACAAAUUCGACCCUGGCUUUUCCACCAUGAUUGCCGCUUACAACACCGUGCUGAACACGCUCAACACUCUGCUCACGCUCUGGGCUGUCACAUCUAAUAGUCCUUCGAUUUCUGGCACAUGGACCGAGUUAUGUACAAGCCGCCCGAGUGUUGCAAUUGGUGCCGGACUAUAUGGGCUUGGAAUUUUCACCGAGUGGUGGUGUGAAGUGCAGCGCAAGCGGUACAAGCAGAACCCGGCCAACAAGGGCAAGCUCUGUACCGAGGGCCUGUUUGGUCUGGCGCGUAACAUCAACUAUGGCGGUUACACUCUGUGGAGAGCUGGCUACAGUAUUGUUUGCGCUGGACUCCCAUGGGGUGCAUUUAUGUUCGUCUUCCUGGCCGGUGACUUCUCUCAGAGAGCUAUACCUCUGUUGGAGACAUACUUGGCGAGAAAGUACGGAGAGCACUGGAAAGCGGUUCAGAAGGAGGUGCCAUACAAGCUGUUUCCUUACAUCUAUUGA